AUGGCGGGUGCCUCCGCGGUCUUUAUUUUGGAUUUGAAAGGGAAGGUGAUCAUCAGCCGGGACUAUCGGGGGGACGUGUCUCUGGCAUCCGCGGCGGAGCGUUUCCAGCAGAACGUCGUGGAGUUGGACGAUCCGCUGUUGAUUAAACCGAUCUUCUUUGAGGACGGGGUGACUUACGCGUGGAUCCAGUACAGCAACGUGUAUCUGUUGGCCGUGACGAAGCGGAACUCGAACGCGGUGAUGCUCCUCUCGUUCCUGUACAAGUUGUCGGAGGUUCUCCAAGAGUAUUUCAAGGCCCUCGAGGAGGAGAGCAUUCGCGACAACUUCGUCAUCACCUACGAACUCCUGGACGAGGUCAUGGACAACGGCUUCCCGCAGAGCACGGAGGUGAAAGUGCUUCGCGAGUUCAUCAAGAACGAGGCUCACCAGCUUUCAGUCGACGCGCUGCGGCCGCCGACAGCUAUCACGAACGCCGUGUCCUGGCGUUCGGAGGGUAUCUUCCACAAGAAGAACGAGGUCUUCCUGGACGUCGUCGAGAAGCUCAGUCUGCUUGUGUCGUCGAACGGGACGGUGUUGCGCUCGGAGAUCCUGGGCACUCUGAAAAUGAAGAGUUUCCUUUCGGGAAUGCCCGAGCUGAAGCUGGGUCUGAACGACAAACUCCUGCUCGAGACAUCAGGCCGGAGCGUGUCCAAGGGGAAGGCGAUCGAAAUGGAAGACAUCAAGUUUCACCAGUGCGUGCGCCUCGCUCGCUUCGAGAACGACCGCACCAUCUCCUUCAUCCCUCCCGACGGCGAGUUCGAACUCAUGAGCUACCGUCUCAACACGCAAGUCAAACCGCUGAUCUGGAUUGACGCAGUCGUCGACACUGGCCGGUCGGCCACGCGGAUCGAGUACAUGAUCAAAGCGCGGUCGCAGUUCAAGAGUCGCUCCGUCGCGAGCGGCGUCGAGAUCCACGUCCCCGUCCCGCCCGACGCAGAUUCGCCCCACUUCAAAACGUCCAUCGGGACUGUCAAGUACCUCCCCGAGAAAGACAUGAUGGUGUGGUUCAUCAAGCAGUUCCAGGGACAGCGCGACUUUGUCAUGACGGCGACGUUCGGUUUGCCGUCCGUCGGCGUCGAAACCCGCGACGCGUACUUGAAGAAGCCGAUCAACGUCAAAUUCGAAAUCCCGUACUUCACCGUCAGCGGAAUCACCGUCAGAUACCUGAAAAUCAUCGAAAAAAGCGGAUACCAAGCACUGCCCUGGGUCCGAUACAUCACGCAGAACGGAGAGUAUCAACUCCGACUGUCCUAG